AUGCAGCGAGCAAAGACAUUAAAAUUCAAGUCAAGCCAUUCGAAGCCGUUCUUAACGGAAGCCAACACGAAGAACCGUGUGAAGCACGCGCUUUCGUUUCUUCGGUCGUCGUCGAAUGGAACCAUUUUCGACAACAUGAACUCAUAUGUACAUGUUGAUGAGAAAUGGUUCUUUUUGACGACAGUCAAGAAGUCUUUCUAUGCUUACGACGAUGAAGAACUUCCGAAGCGCCAGCUCAAGUCCAAACAAUCGGCAGAUGUAGCGCCGUCGAUCAAGAAUGAGUCCGUCACACCGAGCCGACGCAGCUCUGCCCAAGCCUCCAUUGGUACGAGAGACACCAUGCAAAGUGCGGACCCGGUGCUACCACAGACCACAGUUGGCAUGGUGGCCUAG